UGUAAAAAUGGCGACACCCACGUUCUCUUCCCAUCAUCAUCACCUUCUUCUUCACAACUUCUCCAACUUGUUCAAACCACAACACAAAAAACACCACCACCACCAUCACCACCACCACCACCACCACCACCAACCACCUUCUUUUCAACACUCCAUGACACUACUGAUUCCAACCCAUCAACACCCAAUCACCAAACCAUGACUAAAAUCCUAAGAAGGUCCCUUUCUGGGUUCUCUCUCCUUCUCCUCCUCCUCCUCCUCGUCACACUCAUCGAAUUGUCAUCUGGGUUCGGAUCGAUGGGCCCCAUCUCUGCCGCAUUCGGCGUCGACGCCUUCUUCUGCGCCAUUGACGCCAGCGGCAAGCAAGCCGUGAUCUGCUGGGGCAAGAACACCACAACCACCUCCGCUGCAUCCUCUUCUUCUUGGUCUUCAAACCCAUCUCUCUAUUCCUCCCAAAUCCCUCCCAUAGCAGCUCUCUCCGGCGGCUAUGGCUUUCUGUGCGGCAUUUUAGCAAACACUUCACAGGCAUUUUGCUGGAACUCAAACGGUUCGAGCUCCGAUCUCGUACCUUCGAUCUUCCAAUCCACCUCUUAUUCUCAUAUCUCCGCAGGUAAAAAUCAUGUCUGUGCUAUUAGAGGAUCUUAUUAUUCCGAUAACGAUUUGGGUUUAGUGGAUUGUUGGGACAUUGUUAGGAAAUCCAAUAAUAUUUUCAGUUCAAAACAGAGUACUCUGUUUUAUGAUCAUAUUGCUAGUACACUUGUCUUCAAGAAGGUUGUUUCUGGUGAAGGGUAUAGUUGUGGUGUUGUUAGAGAAGGUGGUAUAGCUUGUUGGGGUCCAAACUCUGCAAGUUUACGAGUUUCCGGGCUUUCGGAGAAUUUUGCUACUUUAGCUUCAGGGAUUGGUUCUCUUUGUGGUGUUUCACAAGUUUCUAGAGAGGUGAAGUGUUGGGGCAAUGGCAAUUCACUUCUCUCUCCUCCAAUUGGAACUCGUUUCGUGUCAUUGGCAGCCGGGGCAGAACAUUUUUGUGGCAUUCGAGAGGAUAACCAUGGGAUUGAAUGUUGGGGGAGCUUUAAUUCGUCUUCAAUCCCAAAAGGUUCUGGGUUUUUGGCGAUUGCUUCGUCUGAUUUUAUUACAUGUGGGAUUAGGGAAGAUGAUUUGGUGCUUGAUUGCUGGUUUGCUAAUGUGUCCACCUUGCAGCUAGAUUAUGAUCCUCCAUUGCAGUUGUGUAGUCCGGGUCUAUGUACUCCCGGUUCUUGUGGUGAAGGGAAGUUUGCUUUCAAUGCAAGCAUUCUCAAUGAGCCAGAUCUGACAAGCUUGUGUGUUCGAAAAGAUCUAAAGAUUUGUUCACCUUGUGGGUUGAAUUGUUCUGAUGGGUUUUUCCCUUCUAGUUCAUGUAGUGAGAAUGCUGAUAGAGUAUGCACUGCUUGCUCUCUUUGCCAGAACAGUUCUUGUUGGGAUGUUUGUAAGCUUCAAUCAUCACCAGAAGUGGAGCAGAAGCAUGACCAUCAAUUGCAUAGAUUAGUGCUGAUAAUUGCGUCUUCUGCUUUAGGUUUUAUAUUGAUAGUAAUUGGGUGGUGUCUUUUACCCCGUUUGAUUGUGACCAAAAACGACGAAGGGAAGAAACAAUUUGCAUUUUGCAUUGGCAAACCAGAGUUAGAAAAGGACAAUAAUAAUGAUUCACAUCCUCCUAUUCCAACACCCCCAUGUCCUGGAAUUGCUCAAGUUUUCCGACUCUCAGAACUAAAGGAUGCGACUAAUGGAUUCAAGGAGUUCAAUGAGCUCGGUAGGGGAAGCUAUGGUUUUGUCUACAAGGCUGCCCUUGCAGAUGGGAGGCAAGUGGCAGUAAAGAGGGCAAAUGCAGCCACCAUAAUUCACACGAAUAGCCGGGAAUUUGAAAUGGAAUUGGAAAUCCUUUGCAAUAUCCGUCAUAGCAAUAUUGUGAACUUGUUGGGUUAUUGCGCGGAGAUGGGAGAAAGAUUGCUUGUUUAUGAGUUUAUGCCCCAUGGGACACUUCACGAUCACCUUCAUGGUGGCCUCUCUCCUCUUAAUUGGGGCCUCAGGUUGAAGAUUGCAAUGCAGGCUUCUAAAGGGCUUGAGUACCUUCACAACGAAGUCGUGCCCCCAAUUGUCCAUCGGGAUGUUAAGAGCUCGAAUAUUCUUUUGGAUGCUGAUUGGGGUGCACGAAUUGCAGAUUUCAGACUUCUUACUCCAAAUGAUAGGGAUCUUAAUAGAGACAUGAAAGACGAUAUUUACAACUUUGGUAUUGUAUUGCUAGAGAUUCUUAGUGGGAGGAAAGCGUUUGAUAUAGAUUGCACGACACCAAGUAUAGUCGAUUGGGCCGUGCCCCGUAUUAGAAAGGGUAAGGCAGCGGUUCUCAUUGAUAGAUAUGUGGCUCUUCCAAGAAAUGUUGAACCUCUACUUAAACUUGCUGAUGUAGCGGUGUUAGCACUGAGGGAAAAUCCUGGUGACCACCCUACUAUGUCAGAUGUGGCAGCUUCUUUGGAGCAACUUGUGAAGGAUGGAUUGAUCUUAUAGUUUCAAAAACUAGAUUCUUACAUUUUCUGUGUAUUGAAUUGUUCAAAAAGAAAAACAUAAGUCAGCAGCUUUCAGUGAGUACUGCUCUCCUGCAACUGUACAUUUGUUAUGAGCUUUCUUGUACCCUCUCUCCCCCAAACAAAGGGAAGAUAUUAUUUAGAUUUUUGUAUUUUGUCCAAUUGUCACAAAGUGAAUGAGCCUAGAUUGUUGUGCCAGCCUAUAUCUGUUAUUCUUUUUGAAGUUUAAACAACAACUUGUACUCCUCUAAGCGUUGAUCAACUAUGCUCCCUUGUAUAUAAGGAAUUUUUUUUUGUACAAAUAGUGAUGUGAUGAGGACAUUUGUGAAGGUGACAAUCUCUUAUAUGAUGGCUCUGAUAAUUGAAUGA